AUGUCUACAACACAUCCCGAUGAUAUCGAGACCGAAUGGGACUCUUUACAGCGCAAAUUCGGCAAUUUACCUCCGAAGCCAGUGCGUGAAACCGAAGAAGAAAAGACAAAACAACUCGUAGAUGCUCUCGAAUCCGUUGAUCCUCUUGCUUCUAAAUCUCUUUCUCAAUUAGAUGAGUUAGAAGAUGAUAUUGAAGAAGAUGUUCUUCAAAAAUACAGAGAAAAACGCAUUCAAGAACUCAAACGCCAACAGAAGAGAAACCGGUUCGGGGAGAUAAUCCAAAUAAGUAAAGAUGAUUUUGUUAAAGAAGUAACAGAAGCCUCAGCAGAAGACCCCGAUGCAGACGAAGACGAAGCAGCAGCAGACAAGCAGCAGCAGCAGCAGCAGCAGCAGCAAGGGGGGGGAGGUACAUAUGUGGUUGUUAAUCUAUACUCUGAGAAGCGGCUCGGGGUUUUUAAAGGUUUAAACAAAGUCAGCGCUUCUGAUGAAGAGACAAGCGAAGAAGAGACAGAUAGAAGGAGACAGCUGAUUCGUGAUAAAGGAUAUGCCUCAACAACCCUCGAUAGAAUCAUCAGCCGCACCCGCUAA